AUGUUGAGAGACUUUCAGCAAUAUCCUCUAACAACGGUAGUAUUAAAGAAUCCUCCUGUUUGCUAUCGCUACACCAAUCGCAAGGGACAAACAGUAACCACCGGCACACUCUGGAAGCCCUUGGCACUAUUUGCUGAGAUGUCUAAUUUUGAGCUUCAAGAGUUUCCCUUUAACUAUGACUCUUUCGAUUAUGAGGCUAUUGUACAGGCAAUCAAGCAACGGAAUAAAGACAUUGUGCCCGAAAGUUUUGUUCAAUGGGAACAUUCAGCUCGAAGUCGAAUUUUCCUUAUCGUCCCCUCACCGAAACUCAUUAACAAAGAGUUCUAUUUCUAUCUACCUUUCAGAGCAGAACUAUGGAUUUUUAGUUAUCUGCUUCUUAUAGGCACUUCAGGUUUGUUAUCCUACAUCAUAUUUAGAGAAAAUCGUAUCAUGCGCAUGGACUACAUUAAAACUCUGAUGUAUAGCCAUAAUUGUUUGCUCUAUCAGUUCCACUUCAGUGUCAAAAGCAAAGGCAUUCUUACUAGAACCCUUACUGUUGUUUUGUUUUUCUAUGGCUUAAUUGCCAUGAAUUUUUAUCAAGCCAAACUCUCAAGCUUUUUGACCAUAAACAUCUGUUAA